AUGAGUGCAGAUUUGCCCAACGAUAUUGUUCUGAUAGCCGAACUUCCAGGUCACGAAGAUCGCGCCUGGCAUGUUGCUUGGAAUCCUACCAAACCCAUCCUUGCAUCAUGUUCCAGCGACAAAACCGUUCGGCUGUAUGGAUACGCUGACAAGUUCACAUUCCUCACAUCAAUACCAACGGGGCACACAAAGACCGUGCGCGCCAUCGCCUGGGCUCCGUCAGGCAAUACACUCGCGACGGCGUCGUUUGAUUCAAAUGUCGGGAUAUGGGAGCGGGAGGACGGGGACGAGUGGGAGUGCGUGAGCCUGUUAGAGGGACACGAGACGGAAUGUAAAAGUGUCGGGUAUUCCUCUACAGGGACGCUGUUAGCGAGCUGUAGUCGGGACAAGUCUGUUUGGGUCUGGGAAGUCCAGCCAGACGCCGACUUUGAAUGUCUGGGCGUCAUCAUGGAACACUCUCAAGACGUCAAGUGCGUAGCUUGGCAUCCCACCGAAGAGAUUCUCGCCUCUGGAUCAUACGACGACACGAUCAAGCUCUACGUGGAUGACCCAGAAGACGAUUGGUUCUGCUGCACGACGCUUACGGGCCAUAAGUCGACAGUCUGGGCGUUGGCGUGGUCCCCAGAAGGCCAGUACCUCGCCUCGGGGUCGGAUGACAAAACGGUGAGGGUGUGGAAGCGGACGGGGAAAGUUGAGUUUAAACAGGUGCUGGUCCUGGAAGGGCACGAACGGCCGGUGUAUUCCGUAUCGUGGGGGAAGGGGAAGGGAGUGGGAGUGGGAGCGGGAAGGCUUGCUAGUGCCGGUAGCGACGGCAUCAUUCGCGUCUGGGAGCUCGUUGAAAAAUCGGACGAUGGGCUCUUGGAACAUAGGAUGAUUGCAAAACUGGAAUAUGCGCACGACGUAUACGACCUGAAUGCCAUUGUCUGGUGCCCCAGAGCUGGUUUCGAGGAUAUGCUAGCUACUGCGGGCGAUGAUGGUGUUUGUAAGGUGUGGAGAAUUACUCCCAGGUAG